GCAACUCUGACGGCUUCGAAUUCUGGAUCAUCUUGGUUUAUCACAACAAUGUCAGGAUCUGCCGAAUCCGGGUCUGCGUCGAGAUAUGAGGCAAUCAUUUCAUCAGCUGAGGGACGCUCGAAUUGGAUGACGAAUGAUGUCAAUACAGAAGGGCGUGAAGAUGGCUCCUCGUCAUUUGAGCCUUCUGAACCUCAUUUGGUGGAUCGUUUUGCCAUUUUCUCGUCUCCAAUCGCAUUCUGGGCUGCAACGAUAUGUUUAGCUGUCGCUACUACCAUUCUCCUUGGUCUCAUAUGUACGUUUAUUAUUAUGGCGUUCAGAAGACGGGGGAAACCUGGAAGAGAUGGAGCUGGACCCCCUUCAACGACCGGAUUGUACACCACGAGUGCUGUAGAAACUGCAACAGCCCCUGGAUCCCAUUGCUUAUCGAUCGAUGCUAGUACCCUACCCUCAGGGGAUUCUAAGACAACCUUGAGAUUGACGCCUUAUACUGAAAAUUCGACAAACAAGAAAGUUCGAAUUUGUUACUCGGGUUCACCAACUGAUGCAAGUUUCUACGAUUGGCCUCAAAUAAAAUUCGAUCAAGGCAGAAAGCUACAAACAAUGAUGAAUCAUCAAUUACAGCAACAGAAUGAUUCCUCUGCCUAUCAAUAUGGCCGUAUGCGAGCUCUGGGACAAGAAGUACUUCUAAGUGGAUUCGAGGUGUAUCAACCACUUCUAUCUAUUGCAAAUAAUACAGGAGGAGCCGCCACGAGUACGACAUGGAUACAACCGGGUAGAGAUAGAAUAUCAUCGAAAGGAAGCGACAAGACAAUCAGUGAUAAUAUGGAGCUCACAGCGACACAAGAGAAAAACGGCAAUAAUAUGGGAAUGGAAAAUAUUUCCAAAAGCACAAAUAGUCUCCAUAUGCAAAAAUUUGAAACAAGUUUUGUCUAG